CCGUCCAAAUCGUCGAAAUGGCUGCCACCGGACCGAAGGUCAAUCCCAAUAUAAAGAACCAACUUGAAUUCCUCAGGGCUUGCCGUUUGUUCAAUAACUAGAUGCAAUUGAGAAAGAAAGAACGAGAGACAGAGAAGGAGCGAGAGCGAGUGGUCCCACACCGAUCCCUGAAGGUGAAAGGGCUCUCGCUGCGCUGGACGAAAUGCCAGUCAUCGUGGGGAACAGUCGUCGUCCGUCCGGUCCACCCGAUCUCAGCCGCUUUGGACGUCCUCGUGAUUGUUGCCGGAGACGUGGAAGGGAACCCAGUGAGUGGCCAGGAAGGAAACUUCCAACAACCAAGCCCAACUCGCUCUUCUUCCCCGCUCUUAGUCUCCUCCGCCGCCUCCUCCUCUUCCUUUUCCUUUCCUUGGGCUCGGUCUUCCAAGGCCGCUUUUUUGGCACAGUCGGCUUGGAACCAGUUUUUAGAAGGGCUCUCUACUUUUGUGGUUCUGCUUGUAGGCUGGCCUUGCUCUCUGUGGCAUUGCACUCAUUUAGUCUGUGAUUGCUGCCUCGAGUGUUAAGAUGACUUUUUCUGGCUAUGCGCAAAUAGAGACAAUGGUGGCGUGGGUGCUGACCAUCGACAGACUAGAUUAAAGUGUCCCACAUACCGAGGUUGACGUUCUUCAUGAGAAUUGAAAUCGACACUGCCACCCAUUGGGUCGGACGGGGAAAUUAAACCGUUGGUGAGGGUUAGGCUAAGCUGGCUGCGGCCUUGCUUGCCAUCGAAGGUCGCUCUAGUGUCCUACGGCAGCGCUUUUCCUGCCUGUGAAUCGAUUCGGUAGACGAUGUGCCAUAAAAAUGAUCGCUUGUAACUUUGUGCCUAUCCUAGAUAAUUCUUGUAGUGGUGGCAGUCUUAGAGUGGCAACGUUCUCAUUGACGAGGGCCAUUGCCUCCCUCUCCUGUGUUCAAUUGUACCAAUCACGAAAUCCCGAACGGAAUGGAGAGAUUAAGUGUCGGGCGAUGCAAUCGCCUCUCGCCCAGUCGGUUGUCGCCCAUCCCUUCCGGUGCGAACAUAUUCCCCACUGUCCUUGAAGAACCCAAUAGCCCUUCAGCAGAAGACAAUCAAAAGGAUUUUUACACCUGUACCACUAGUUCUUCAAACGGAGCCGGGUCCGGGACCAGUUUUGGCAGUGCCUACGACCAACAAUCUCAACCUCGUCGACACCGCCGACGGCUGCCCCUUCUUUCGAACACAGCCGCAGCUUUGUCCAAGAGCAAAAGCAGCUUGAGCUUCGAUUCCGGGAUCUCAUGCCUCCUCUCCGAGUCGGGUUCACCCUCCCCGCCCCUGACUGUGGACCCAAUGGAAACCUACACCCCUGGCUCAAAUGUUAGCGCGUAUCACACACCCACCAGUGACAUUGGGUCUCCUAUUAUUUCCCGACAGCAUUCGUACUCUUCCUCCUCGUACUCGAACUACUUGUCCGCCACGUCGUCGCCAUGCCACUCUCCGGGGCCUCCGAAAUCACCCAGCCGGUUUCAAAGGUUUCAACGCUCCAUGUCAACCACAGCCAGUCACAUCCCACCCCCUGUCAGUCCGACGCUGAAAAGACCCAAUGUGUUUAACUCGCGUCGAUUUUCUGAUAAUCCCUCGACCAUCGACCCGCCCCCAUUCAGUUUCUCGCCGUCUCGGACCUUGUCCCCAAUAUCAGUGUCACCGCAACAUAUAUCAAAAUCUCCUUCACCUUCCUACUCCAAUCACUCGUCGAAAUCCUCCCCUGUACAAGGUCGUGAGGGAACAUCUCCUUCGUCGAACCUGAAACCAUCGUGUUCGUUCCACUCCAAUGACUCCGAUGAGAGUCCUCCAAACUUGCCCUCUCCUGGAAGCCCUACAAACAGCAAGGCAUCGGUUUCCCACUUAGAGAGAUCAUCUUCGCCCAUAUUUAGAAGCCGUCGUCUAUUACCAGAGACUCCGAAGGUUCCACAAACCAGGGAUUACGCUAGUUCUCAUCGACUCCUAGUAACUGGCAGCGGAAGCAACAACAACGUCAGCACCCACAAUAGUAGCAACUGUAGUAGCAGUAGCAACAAUAACGGCAGUAUCGGUAGCUGUGCAAAUCAAAGUUCGACGACGCCCGGUUCCUCCAAUUCAAGAUCCACCUUCAAUUCUAUUCUGCACAAAGAGAAUAUUGGCAUCAAAGAAGGACGAAAGUCUCUGAGCUCUCACGACUCCUUUGAUUCUGGAGUUUACUCGAGAAGCACCACGUCGGAUUCGAGGAAAAUGUCUUCACCCGGAGCCAUCGGAAGAGAUACAUCUCCGGCCUUGAUGCGUCACAAUAGUUGGAGGCAGAGACGAGCCAAGCUUCCUGAACCUCCACGGCAGUCUUUAGCUAGUUCCACAUCUGGACUAGAUUGGAAAUCAGAUUACAAGAACAGUCAUCAAGGUAGCUCUAGCGCCCGGUUUCGUAACUAUUCGCCGAUGAGGAGUAUGACGCUACCUGAAGGGGACUUGGAUCCGGACUGUUCGCUGAAACUGGACGACACCUCCGCCUACGCGUACAAAUAUACACCUGCAACAUACAAUCGAUACCAUUCCGGAGGGAUAGGGUCUGGUUACUCGGUAUCUGGGUCCCAUCGGGUCCAUUUUGAGCGCCAUAGCAUGGAUUUCGCCGAAUCUCUAAGAAUAUCCCCUGAGCAUGAUCUUCCGACCCAUCAGCGCUCCCUGACACACUGUGAUUCCCUAGAUAGCUCUAAGCACGCGUCUCAACUCACGGAUCCUGACUAUUCCUAUCUCUUCGAGAGGUUCAAGUCUCACAAUCAUGACCCACGGCACCACGACGAGGAUGAAGAAGAAGACUACAUGCAUUCGGAAGAAAUUGACAGCCGAGCAAUCAUUAGACAUGCGCCUUCUCCUCCUCCAACCAAUUCAAGCAGGGAGCAACGGGCAUCACCAAGCUUGCAUUUAUUGUCAAUUUUGAUUACCAUUCAAUACCUUUUGAAGAUCAUUUAUCGCUGUCACCAAGACCGCGGCCCGAUGUUGUCUCCACAUCGUCGUCCUCGAGCUCGUCAAUCAUGGUGUGGACGGGCCCAAAAUGAGAGAUUCUAAAAGUCACAGCUUUCCGCUGGCUUGUGUCUCAGAUUGAAGAAAGCCGGGAGAAAUCACAUGAGCUUCAUUGUCCAAGCCGACGCCAACGGUCCCUGUUUGGGAUGCGUCAACAAAGUAUGGAUCAUCACGGGCAAUGGACCUGAUAGUCCACAAUGUGUCUGUUCAAAUGAUCAUUACUUGACAGAUGAUAACCAAGGGGGUUACAAUCAGGACUCGAGUCAAAUUCGUCGCUCUCGGCUUUUCCAUCAGAGUAGUAGUGGAAGCCAAACUGGGAGUGGAAGUCAAAGUGAGUCCUCUCGGCCGAUGACCGACGGACUCGUUGGACUUCCUUCUCUCAUGAAAUAUCUAUGGAGAUGAAGACGACGACGACGGCGACAGCGACGACGACAAUAAUGAUGAAGACGAUGA